AUGAAACAGUAGCGCAGUAGACAUGAGGGUUCAUCAAAUACAAGACAGGGUAGGGGUUUGAACAGUCACACUGCAUUUAAACGGAGAGGGUGGGGGGCAGAAACAUCCGCACAUCAUUAAUUAUUAAUGAUUAAGUUACAUGGAAAUUGCGCCUACAUAAAAGUAAAAAAGGUUCAAUGACCGAACUGUAAUUGAAAGUGAAAGUUACGACUUUGGAUCAUUUAAAACACACUGACUUGUGUAAGUAAUGCGCUAUUGAAAUAGAGCCGCCUUGCCUCACCUAGCUGCUUUCGAGUAGCACGCUGCCAGAACUAUGUCAAAAUGUUAUUUCACAAUGCUGAAUCAUGCUUCUUUUUUUGGCCAAAAUUAUGUAAUUUUUUAUUUUUUGUCUGCAGCGGUACACAGACUGAAUAGUAGUGCAGAAGUAGUAGUGCACCAACGCGAUCAUGUAUUUUAGCUCGAUGUAAAACGAUAACGAAACAACGCUCACUGCUAUGUUGCUACUUGCUUUCCAGAUGAUUGCUGGUUGCUGUGCUCUCUUCCUUCUUUGUUGCAUACUGAACGGUACCGAGUCUUCAAAUCCAUCACUGGGUAUCCACAAGGCGAGAUAUAGCAACUCCUUCCGCCUCGCAAGGUCCACCCGAACCCGUGUGCAACAGCUGCUGAGUAAAUAUAAGGAGCAGCAGUUAGGAAACAAGGACUUUGAGGACAGAAGUGGUCAUUUGGAUGACCUGCCAUUGCUCUCUACGGACUUUAACAGCUGGCUCCAGCUUACGGUCAGUCACUUUUUCAAAAGACAAAUCGUGCACGAGAAAACAAGUUACCUCCAUCUGACUUCCUGGUUCCGUUUGGAAACGGUUUCCCUGGCUAAACUUUGGCUGGUUUGCGUCCAGGAUUGGGAACGACUACAGGCUGCCUUCUCCGACAUGCAGGCCUACAGGAACAGGCUGGAGUGGAAGAGGAAAGAGCUGGAGAGGGAGGCAAAAGAGAAGAAGGGAGUGCAGACGCUCCUCAACACUUUACCGAAGAACAUCAAACACGUUGAAAUGGACCUGAGGGACCUGAUGAGCCACGUCAGCAAUCAUAUGAGUUACAUCAAGACGUCCAACAGGACAUCAAACCUUCCCACCGUUUGGACACCUUUGAACCCGUCAUCGAUUUCGAAAACGCUGUGGGAAAAGCGUGUGGAUGGUUACAUCAUUUUACGGGAUCUUGACCUGUACCUCACCAAGUUGGCACGAGACUUCCUCCUCCUGGCUUCUAAAGCACAGUAAAUCAUGCAGGGACAAAAGGAAGAGUUUGGCUGUUGAGGGGUUAUCUCGCACUGGUCGUAGGUCACCGCAGUGAACUAUUAAUAGACUAAUGAGCAUCUCAGCGCUUCUCUGGGCAUUUCCCCGAGUUUCUGUCUUGCCUCUGACUGUAAAUUUGCAAGAAGGCUCCCACAACUGACAGUGCACAUGACAACAUCCUGUUUUGUCACCCAGGCCCCUUCAUCGACUGGACUUUCCAAAGACACAAGAUAUUUGCUAUUUAUUUGACUUAUUUAUUGGAUUGAUUGCUUUAUUUAUUUUACAAAGACAGCGACACAGUGUUUACAUGACAUUUGAUAUUUAAAGUAUAAUAUUUAUUUAUAUAUGGCUUUCAAUAAAAA